AAGUAUGAUGUACUUCAGUCAAACUGCUUUCACUUCUCUCCCCCAAAGUCAGAUUCCUUUCCUUUCACACCCUCCUCACCUUCCGUUGGAUGGAGAAUAUAUCUCUUCUCAUUGAAGCAUUCAUAUAUUAUUCAAACCAUUUUGUUCUCAUUCUCUUGAAAUAUUAGUUAUUACAUUAUUAAACCAAACAAAUAGUUCACCAUUCCAUAAAAAAUAUUAUUUUAUGUCCAUCAUUUGUACACCAUCACGCAGAGGAGAAAAGGCAAAGCCACAUCCCCAACCCUCUGCUCAUCUAAAGAGAUAGGAGUCAGGACAGUCCAAAGGGGAAGUAAAGAAAAAAAUCCCAAGCACCACAUAAAUAAACCCACAAUCUCUCAGUUUACCUAGCAACCUCCCCCCCCCCCCCCCCCCCCCCCCCCCCCCGGCGGUCCGAAAACCUGCCAUGAUUUGAUACAUCAACACUACCUCAAAUGGGUUCUCUCUCAAAACCCUUUUCCCUUUUACUUAUCUCUCUGGUUUUGUUUACCAAUCUUGAGCCUAUCCCAUUCGCUGAAUCUGCUUCUGACAACACAGCCUUGGUCUACAAGGGCUGUGCAAAGCAGGCCUUUUCAGAUCCAACUGGGGUUUACUCCCAGUCCCUCUCAUCCCUCUUUGGUUCCCUGGUUUCGCAGUCCUCCAAGGCCAGGUUCUUCAAGACCACCUCUGGCAGUGGUCAAGCCACCAUCUCUGGUCUCUUCCAAUGCAGAGGGGACCUUAGCAAUGCUGAUUGCUACAACUGUGUGAGCAAACUUCCCCAAAUGGCAGAUAGUCUGUGUGGCAAAGCCAUAGCCGCCAGAGUCCAGCUAUUUGGCUGCUACAUUCUCUAUGAGGUUUCAGGGUUUGCUCAGAUUUCAGGCUUCCAGUUGCUCUACAAGACCUGCGGGGCAACAAACGUGGCCGGAAGUGGGUUCGAGGAAAGGAGGGACGCUGCGUUACAGGUGCUGGAAAACGGCGUGGUUAGUGGCCACGGGUUCUACACUACUAGCUUCGAAGCCGUGUAUUUGUUGGCUCAGUGUGAGGGGGAUUUGGGGAACACAGAUUGUGGGGAGUGCGUGAAGAGCGCUGUGCAGAGAGCUCAGGUUGAAUGUGGGAGCUCUAUUUCGGGCCAAAUCUAUCUGCAUAAAUGCUUUAUGAGCUAUGAUUACUAUCCUAAUGGGGUUCCCAGGAGAUCAUCCUCCUCCUCCUCCUCCUCCUCAUCUUAUUCCUCCUCUUCUUCAGAGGGAAGUACAGGUAAGACAGUGGCGAUAAUAUUGGGAGGAGCAGCAGGAGUGGGGUUUCUAGUAAUUUGCCUACUUUUUGCCAGGAAUUUGAUGAAAAAACAUGAUGAUUUUUGAUAGGAGAUGGGGUUCCAACGAGGCAAAGUUCUUUCCAGGUGGAUUCUUUCUACAUCAUUAUUUUUUGUUUUUGGUCAAAAGGAAAUGGGUUUUGGAGGUGAAUAUGUGAGACUGAGAGCGAGAGAGGCAACGUGGUUUAAUAUUCUUAGUUCUUACGGUUUGGUAAGAAUUUGUUAAGAAGCAAAGCAAGUAGGGCAUGAAUUCAAGAAAAAUUUUCACAAAAGUGAAAGUUGUAGGAAUGACUUUUUUGUGAUCCCUCUAGCGAUGUGGGUGUUUGUCUCUUUGCCCUCUUCUCUAGAUUAAUGGUUUGUCUAUUUUAUUCACAGCUUUUUAGCAAAGUUGCAA